GUAUUUGGAAAAUUAAUGAUGUUUGAAAGGUUAACCAUGCUGAAUCUCCAAAGCAGUUCAAACUGGAGUGGACCCAAUGACUGGUACCAUCAAGAGGACACAGUUCCCACCCAGCACAGCACUGUGUCACAUGGAUGCCUGGUGGACACAAAUGUGGGGAUGGCAAGAGGAGGACAGGUGGAGGGAGAUGAGAGGGAGGAGACUCAACUGAGGCUGCAGCUGAAGAGGAAACUUCAGCGCAACAGAACCAGCUUCACAACAGAACAGAUCGAAGCCCUGGAGAAAGAGUUUGAGAGAACGCAUUAUCCAGAUGUUUUUUCCAGAGAACGACUUGCAAACAAAAUCGACCUUCCAGAGGCACGGAUACAAGUGUGGUUUUCAAAUCGAAGAGCCAAAUGGAGACGAGAAGAGAAGCUGCGAAACCAGAAGCGGUCUGGGGCCGGGACUUCUUGUACUAAAACACACGCUGCACUGACCACAUCCUUUAACUCAACUUUCAAUCAUCAUCAGCAUGCCAACAGUGCAGUUUCCAUGCUCAGUCAGAGCGAGAAAGCUCUUCCCAGAUAUAAUGCUCUCUCAGUCUACUCUGGGGUCCAGCAGCCUGCUGCUUCUCCAGCUGCCUCUUACUUGUGCAUGUUGCCUCCAUCCCCGACUGAACCUCACUCAUUUGAGAUGUCCUACUCCUCUCCUCAUCUGCCACCUCCUCCUUCAGCUAACACCAGCACGGAGAUUUCUGUGCCUGUCCAGGUUUCAGGAAAUGAAGAAAAUAUGGGUCAGAACCUUGGCCAGUACUGGGCUAGGCUGCAUUGAAAAAGCAUGAUAAAGAGAGGUAGAUUUUGCAUUGCAAAAUCACAAAAUAUUGAUAUUAACAAAAAGACAGGAAAAAAAAACCUUUAAAACAAAUCCCUCUAAAUUUUGAGGAACGUUUUCCUAUGUUGGUUGAACCUUACAAACUGUGAUAAUAAACUGGAUUAGGAAAAUAAUUGACAUGUACGUAAACAAAUAUUAUUUUAGCCAUAUUUUUUUAAAGAUAUUUAAGAUCUGAUGACAGUGUGCAAUAUUUGCAUCAAUGUCACCCCAGCAUUUAGCUUCAGACAUAUGGGAAUGUAUAUGAUGAAA